UCAUCAUUAUAUUUUUAAGAUACGAAACUAAGAUAUAACCUCAGAUUUUCUCUCGUGUUAUCUCCUGUCCUGUACUUGACGAAGGUCAGAAAAGAGAAGAAGCACCAUGGGUAAAAUGUUUGGAAAUCUCCACCACAUUAGUGGUGUCAUUACCUACAGUCUAUCUCCAUUUGAACAGAAAGCAUUUGCUGGAGCUGUUUCUCAUGGAAUCCCAAAUAUGUGGAAUCGCUUCAAAGGCCAAGCCUUCCGAGUUUUGCCUCCAUUGAUUUUUUGUUACUUGGUCUAUGACUAUGGAGAGAAACUACACAGUGCUUCCUUGAGGAAGGACCCUAAGGAUUUUGAAAAUGAUGAAUAAUGAAAUAUAAACAUUGAAGUUUUACUAUUUAGAAUAAAUCCUCUUGUUAAAGUC